AUGAUAAAUAAUAACUUACUAGAACAUAGUAAAGAGAUUUAUAAAGACAAAAGAGGUAAAAUUUUAAUUAUAGAUAUCUUGUAUAGAAAUAAAACAUAUAGAAUUAUAAACUUUCAUGGUGAAAACAACGAAAGGGAGAGAUUAUUUCAACUCAAAGAAAUAGUAAAAUGGAUAAAUGAUAAUACAAUAAUAGUAGGGGAUUUCAACAUAGUGCUGAACAAAAUAGACUUAUCAUCAAACAAUAUAUUCAGAAAUGACACAAGCAGAACACAAUUACUAAAAAUAAUGCAAGAGCACAACCUGGUGGAUUUAUGGAGAAUUAACAAUACAAAUAGCACCCACUUCUCCAGAAAACAGACAGUACUAGGAAAACUAAAACAAUCAAGGAUUGAUCUUUUACUAGCUGCAAAAAACACUAUUCAAGAAAUUAACAAUAUACAGUAUAAACCUAAUGUAUGGAGUGAUCACGAUAUUUUACAAUGGGAACAAGGCAUAGAUAAUAAAACUAGAGGAGCUGGCACAUGGUGUCUAAACUCCAGCAUCCUAAAUGACAAAGCUUUAAUAUAUAAAAUAAAAAAUUUAUUGGAAAACAUCAAAGCUGAAACAGUUGAAAAAGAGAACAUAACCGAUUCAUGGGAUGACAUAAAAAACAGAAUAAAAAAAACCUGCAUAAACUACAGCAAGAGGAAAAAAUGGUUUGAAACCAGAGAAGAAAUAAAAUUAAAAAAAUUUUUAGCAGAUGAAACUAUACUGCUAAACACUGACAUACACAGAUCAUGUGAGCAAUAUGAAAUUUACAAAGAACAAUUAAGAAACAUAGAAAUAAAGAAGUGCAAAGGGGCAAUCAUUAGAAGCAAAGUGAAAUAUACAACAGAAGGUGAAAAAUGCACUUCUUUUUUUCUCGGCUUGGAAAAAAAGAAACAGAACAAAUCAUACAUCAAUCAACUAACAGACAAUAAAGGACAAACGCUGUUUGAAACUGAUGAAAUCUUAGACCAUACAUAUCAAUUUUACAAACAGCUUUUCUCCAAACAGAAGGACUUAAAAGAAAAAGAAAUACCGGAAUAUAUAAAAUGUAUAAAUAAAAAACUUGAAAGACAAGAUAAAGACUGGUGUGAUUCAGAAAUUACUGAAGAAGAAAUAAAAAACGCCAUACAGGCGCUAAACAAAAAUAAAAGUCCAGGUUCAGAUGGACUGACUGCAGAGUUCUAUGUGAAGUUCCAAGAGGAGCUUACACCGCUCCUGAAUAAACUUUACAGAGAUAUGUUGGAUAACAAAAGAGUGCCUGCAACGCUAACCGAAGGAAUAAUCUCGCUAAUUUUCAAAAAAGGUGACAAUAAACUUAUCAAAAAUUACCGCCCCAUCAGUCUACUGAAUACUGAUUACAAAAUCCUAACAAAAAUUCUAGCAAAUAGACUAAAACAGGUUUCGGGUUCCAUCAUAAAUAGUACACAAUCUUACAGCAUACCAGGAAGAGACAUCAGUGAUUCCAUAUUGACCAUAAAAGAAACAAUACAUAACAUGCAGAAAGACAAAGGGUUUCUGCUCAGUAUAGAUCUUGAAAAAGCGUUUGACAGAGUUGAUCACACUUUUCUUUUCAACAUUCUACAGGCUUUUGGUUUCGGUUCAAAAUUCAUCAACUGGAUAAAACUUCUUUACAAUAAUGCAAAAAGCUGUAUUAAGGUCAAUGGUUUCCUCACAGAAUUUUUCACAAUAAACAGAUCAGUUAGACAAGGUUGCCCACUAUCAGCACUACUCUAUUCAAUAGUAGCAGAACCCUUAGCUCUUCAUAUCCUACAGGACAAAGACAUUAAAGGAAUACCAACAGGUUACAACAGAACAACAAAAAUAACCCAGUAUGCAGACGACAUAAACAUCAUGGUUUUAGACAGCCAUAGUAUCGAUAAGGUUUUGAAACACAUUCAUGAUUACGAGAAGGUAGCUGGAGCGAAAAUGAACCUGGAAAAGAGCGAGAUUAUGUUUUGUGGAUCAAAUGUUGACAGCGUAAAUAAAUGGAACUUUGCAGAAGUAAACAAACCAAAAAGAAUCCUGGGUGUUUAUGUUGGGAAAAACGAAAAUGAAGCAACAAGAACCAACUGGGAAAUAGUGAUUACCAAAACAAAAAAUAUUCUCAAUCUCUGGAAAGCCAGAGGUUUAACACUAAAAGGAAGGGUAAUUGUAACAAAUGCACUAGUACUGUCCAAAAUCAACCAUAUAAUGGGGGUCUGUGAGUUGCCGCAUUGGGCGCUAAAUUCACUCAAUAGUGUAAUAUCCUCCUUUUUGUGGAGAGGAAAGGGAAAUCUGAUCGCUCACAGAGUGCUAAUUGCUAACAAAAGGGAGGGGGUUUAG